UUUCAAAAUCUAACAACCAGUAGGUAAGCCAUCGAUCUUCAAGCUCUAUAACACACUCAUCCCAUCCCCAACAGAAAAGCUGUGAACUUGCUCAAUAUCAGAAUACGAAUCUUUAACUUUUGAGGAAAUUUCAAGAAACACGAGAAGUCUGAGAAGUUGAGAUGAGAAUUAUCAUCUCUGCUUGUGUUUUUCUUGUGUUAUGUUCUUUCUCAGCUGCUUUUGAUCCUCUUGAUCCAACUGGAAACAUAACGAUCAAAUGGGACAUAAUGUCUUGGACCCCAGAUGGUUAUGUGGCAACAGUAACAAUGAACAAUUUCCAAAUGUAUCGCCAUAUCCAGACACCAGGGUGGACCCUAGGGUGGACAUGGGCUAAAAAAGAAGUGAUAUGGUCCAUGGUUGGGGCUCAAACCACCGAACAAGGAGACUGUUCAAAGUUCAAAGCCAAUGUUCCACAUUGUUGCAAAAAGACCCCUACGGUUGUUGACUUGCUACCUGGAGUCCCUUACAACCAACAAAUUGCAAACUGUUGCAAAGGCGGUGUUGUGGCGGCAUGGGGUCAAGAUCCGUCAGCUGCAAUCUCAGCCUUCCAGGUCAGCGUUGGGCUAGCGGGGACCACAAAUAAGACAGUCAAACUACCGAAGAAUUUCACUCUUCUAGGUCCUGGACCCGGGUACACAUGUGGACCUGCAAAGGUGGUUCCUCCAACUACUUUCUUGACUCCUGAUCGAAGAAGAAAAACUCAAGCCUUAAUGACGUGGAAUGUGACGUGUACGUAUUCACAAUUUUUGGCUACAAAACACCCGAGUUGUUGUGUUUCGUUCUCAUCGUUCUACAAUGAAACUAUCACGGCUUGUCCUACGUGUGCAUGUGGUUGUGAAAAUAAGAACAAAUGUGUCAAGAGUGAAUCUAAGCUUCUAAGUGUUGUUGGAGUAAACACACCGAAAAAAGAUAAUUCACCAUUGCUUCAAUGCACUCGGCAUAUGUGUCCCGUGAGGGUUCAUUGGCACGUAAAGCAAAACUACAAAGAUUAUUGGCGAGCAAAGGUGUCGGUAACAAACUUCAAUUAUAGGAUGAACUACACGCAGUGGACGCUUGUUGUUCAACAUCCUAAUCUCAACAAUGUUACUCAAGUUUUUAGCUUUGACUACAAACCCCUUGUUCCGUAUGCGUCUAUAAAUGACACGGGUAUGUUCUACGGAAUGAAAUUCUUCAACGACUUACUAAUGGAAGCCGGGCCCACAGGAAACGUACAAUCCGAAGUACUACUACAAAAGGAUCAAAACACAUUCACAUUCAAACAAGGAUGGGCGUUUCCUAGAAAAGUCUACUUCAAUGGUGAUGAAUGCAUUCUACCUCCACCCGAAUCAUAUCCAUUUCUACCAAACUCAACUCCCAAAACCCUAAUUGCUCCCUUAACAUUAUUCAUUUCUUUUUUCAUGUUCUUACUCUUUUGAUCUCCACACCAUUUAUCUCCAACUUUGUUAGUCCUUCAAG